CCGCGAGUAGAAUUAGUUGGAGACAGACGGCGGCUGAGGAACAGGUUCCAUUCGAGUUGUUAGUUUUUCCCGUUAUCAUCGCACGCUUCGGACUCUUUUUUUUCUGGUCAGCUGCAAUGUCGGUCGAGAUGGCGAGAAGCAGGAGGACAACAUCUGCCUUGUGUGCGCCGUCACUUUGGCUCGUCGUGUGCGCCUUCAUGCUCCACAUCCCAUCAGCGCUCACAGUAAUCCUCCGGACCACGGACAAGAUCGUGUGGGCCAAUGAGUUUGAGCCCGUCGAGCUGACCUGCUUAAUAGAGUCAAUCUCCACCAAGAACCCAAGGAUUGAGUGGAAGAAGAUUAGGAAUGGCAUCCCGAGCUAUGUGUACUUUCAAAAGAAGAUAGCAGGCGACUUGGAGAACAGAGCGCAGCUCAGAGAGCCGGCCAACAUUGUGAUCUUGAAUGCCACCCGAGAAGACACGGCCGAGUACCGCUGCGAGGUGGCCGCCAUCGAUGAUCAGAGGGACUUUGAUGAGAUUCUCAUUAGUCUUGCAGUGAGAGUGAUACCUGUGAUGCCCCGAUGCAGCGUGCCUGAGGCGGUCACGGUGGGCACGUCGCCCGAGCUCCGGUGUCUGGAGAACGAGGGUUUCCCGGCACCCAGCUACCGCUGGUUCCACAACAACGAGGAGCUUCCACAAGACCCCAAGAACACGCCCAAGUUUAUCAACGCCACAUACACCAUUAACCCGGUCACUGGAAGCCUGAAAUUCCGUAGGGUGAGGAAGGAAGACGCGGGGGAGUACUAUUGCCAAGCCAUGAAUGACGCCGGUCACGCCCAGUGUCCCUCCCAGUGGAUGGAAGUCUAUGACGUUGACGUCCUCAACAUCGUCCUCAAAUCUGUCGGCGGUGUGAUAGCAGUCAUCGUUGUGCUGGGCUGCAUUUGGCAUUGCGCUUCACGCGUCCUCUCCAACAAAAAAGGCCACAAUGAAAACGAAUUCGGUUGGCAAGGACAGAAUGACGGAGUCGAGUACGGCGAUGCAGAUGAGGGACAUUUCCGCCACAAGUCAUCGUUCGUCAUCUGACAUAAGUGGAAGUAACGAGUUUAAUGUGCAACAAUAAAUGGCACGUUAGGUUAAGUUGAAGCUGUAACAUGGCACACUUUGAUGCACAUCGAAAUCAAACCAACUUGCCAAAGUAAUGUUCUACUGUAUAUGGUUUUGUGGCACUCGUUUGUUUUUAUAGCAUUGAUAGAUUUUAUAUUUAUCACUUGUUGAGUAUUCCUUUCAUCAUUCACCGCUCACUUGUAGAAUUUAUUUUUUUAUUUCCCACAUUUUUAUACUAGACAGUGAAGUCAUUCAUUCCUUUCCAUCCAAGCCUGAGACUUUUAGCCAAAUGGUGGCAAGGGAUGUGUUGGGAGCAACAUUCCAUUCCAAAUUUUGAAACAAAUUCUCUUUUCUAAUGUUUUUUUUAUACACUGGACUUGUUUUACAGAAGUCGUCUUGUGUUUUGUCUGUGCUCAUGUGAGACACAUUGUGUUAUUUUUUUGUUGUUCUUUCAAGUGGCCAAGGAUUGAAAGCGGUGUUUGUACAUAUUGAAGUUGUACUGGCAAUAAAUGGCCAAUUGAAAACAGGAUCUCCGAUAACGUGAGGCACAAUUUAUCCGCCUUGAGCAUCGUUACAAAUGAUAACAUUACAUGUACAAGUUACGCAAUGGAUUUGAAUAUUAUAUAUACACCACUUGGCUGCAAAUUUAGUAUUUACUAUUAAGAGUGGCAAUGUAAGACUUAUAGAGUGCUGUUUGUGUACAAGUGACCUUCUGUGUGUUACUUUUUUUGGUUGUAGAUAUUGGACAUAUUGUCCAGUUUUGCCUCUAUUGUACAUAAAUGCUAAAAUGUUUCCCCCUAGUACCUUAUUGUAAAUAAGGCAAUGAGCUGUUCAAGUUGAUCAAUUUACAGUACAAUACUGUCUAGUGUUUCAAACUUUUUGUGUUCAUGAUUUGUGUAAUAACUCAGGAACUGUUGUACAAUGCCCACUGUCAAUGGUUGAUUUUUGUUAUGAUUAAAAUACAUUUGAACUGUU